AUGGAGCUCAUAGAGCUUGAGUUACCUCCAACCAUAAAAGUUCUUAAUGGAAUUAAAAAAGAAGCUAGCAUCGCCGCUGCUUUGCGUGAGCUGGAAACUCUAAGACUGCGUUGUUCUCUGCAAGAGGAAACCAUCAAUAAUGUACCAGCUUCAUUGUGUGUGGCUGCUAAUCUCAUCCUUCCCAGGUUGGCAGUGGUUGAUCAGAAGCAUCAAAAAGAGCUUUGUGAGCUACAAGCAGAGAACAAGAACCAGAAAGAAGCUUUAGAGAAACACAUUGCAACAGAGUUGCUCAAUAACUCCACUAUUAAACAGCUGGAAGAAAAGCUGCAGGGAUACCAGCAGGAGGUGACUGCGAGCAAGGAGCGGCUCGCUGCACAAGAACAGGCAUCCAGGAGCGCGAUGGCCCAGAUCCAGAAGGACUUGACCCUUCGCUUGGAGCAGGCCAAUAAGCGAUGCGAGGAAGAUCGUAAGGAAGAGGCCAUGGUCAUGAAGUACGUGCGUGGGGAGAAGGAAGCGCUGGACCUGCGCAAGGACAAGGAGGGACUGGAGAAGAAGCUGCGUGAAAGUAUAAAGGAAAUGGAGAAGUUCACGGCCAGGGUGAAGCUGCUGACCCAGGAGAAAGGGCGUCUGGGCACUCUCUAUGAAGCCAGGGAUGGAGAUGUUCACAAACUGAACAAGGAAAUCGAGAAACAAAAAGAAGAAAUCAACUCUCGUGCCUCCAAAAUAAAAUGGGCCCAAAACAAGCUCAAAAGUGAGCUGGACUCUCACAAGGAAACCAAAGAGAAGCUACGGGAAACAACUGCCAAACUCUCAGAAGCAAGAGAAGAGACUGAACAAAUCCGAAUGAACUGUCAGGAGAUGAUCAAGACCUAUCAGGAGUCGGAGGAGAUCAAGUCCAACGAGCUGGACGUGCGUCUGCGUGUGACGGAGGGCGAGCUGCGGAAAAGGAGAGAGGAGCAGAACGACUACAUGGAGAUCCAUGGGGCUAAGAUCAAGGAGCUUGAGCACCUCAAAAGGAACUUUAAAGAAGGCAUGGAUGAGCUGCGAACCCUGAGGACAAAGGUGAAGUGUCUUGAGGAGGAGAGGAUACGCACCGAGGAGGAGUUGGCCAAGUACCGGGAGAUCAUCAACCGGCAGAAGGCAGAGAUCCAGGAGCUGCAGGAGGGUGUGCGCGCAGCUGACCGCCUCCAAGAGCAGAUAGACAGCGAUGAACAGGAGCAGGCAGUUCUUCGCGAGGAGUUGGCGGGCCUGAACUGCCUUGUGGCCGACCUGCGGGUGGACAUCGCCGGUAGCCGUGAGCGCGAGGCCGAGCUGCUGGCCUUUGCCGAGCGACUCGCCAGCAAAAACGCACAGCUACAGUCCGACAGCAACGGCCUGCAGGCAAGUGUGGAUCGACUGGAGGCCUGCGAGCGCAAGCUGAUGCAGGAACUACAAACGCAGGGCCAGGCCAAGGAAGCACUGGCUGAAGAGUUGGGGGUGGUGAAGAAGCAGCUGGAGGAGGAACAGCGCCGCCUGGGUGCAGAGCUCACAGAGGCGACCCGUCAGCUAGCACUGCUCCGUACACAGGCGGAUGAGUUGAGGGAUGAGCUGGCCACCCAGAAGCGAAAGCACGCUGCCAACACCAAGGAUAUGAGCAAGCAGCUGAUGCAUGCUCGUAGAAAACUGGAGCAGCUCGAAACUACUCAAGAAGGCAGGGAAUCUGGAGGCAUGGGAAGCCGCUCUAGCUCGUCUGGCUCGCUGAACGUGCGCGCAGGUGGCAGUCGCGACGAGGGCUUUUCGGAGGCGGCGGGCUCCAGCCCCGGCACAGCCGACAGCUUUCCAGAGGUGGACAAGAGCGUGCUCAUAGAGCGCAUCGUACGCCUGCAGAAGACUUUAGCCAAGAAGAACGAGAAAGUGGAAUUCCUGGAAGAUCACAAUCAACAACUCCUCGAAGAGCUGCGCAGGAAGACCAAGAUCAUACACAGUUACAUAAUGCGCGAGGAGUCGGGGGCCCUGUCCUCUGAAGCUUCGGACAUGAGCAAAGCACAGCUUUCGCGCAAGGGAGGCAUCACGUCAGUGUUUUCGUCGCAGCCGGCCGACAGCACCAUGACACUGGAGCUGUCUCUGCAGAUCAACCACAAGCUGCAAGCAGUGCUCGAGGACACAGUCCUCAAGAACAUCACCCUCAAGGAAAACAUGCAGACCCUUGGUAAAGAGAUUGAAAGACUCACAAAGCUUAUAGAAGAACAUCAGACAAAGAAUCAACCCUAA